ACCCAGGAACUCCCCGUUUGUCGCCAGUGCGACAAGUCUGGCCGGUACUGUGACCGAUCGCAAAGGCCUGCUCAAUUUGGUAAGCAACUCACGGCUUCUUCAUCUCAUGGGGAUCAUCUAGCUAAAGCUGAGUCAACACCAGUGCGUCAUGACUCCGAGCCGUUGACCGCAAGAGAUGCACUGAAAAACCUCGAAAUCGCCCAGCUAUUUGAGCAUUAUAUCCGGUUCUUGGCACCGUGGUAUGAUCUUAGUGACUCUGCCUUGACGUUUGGCAUCGCAGUCCCUGCACUCGCCCUCGACGAACCCUUGCUUUUCUCUGCCGCUAUUGCACUCUCUGCUAUGCACAUGUGUAGAGUCAGUGGCAAAAAGCUACGGAAGAUAGCCGAGUCGUAUCAUCAUCGGUGUGUCCGAUUGCUCAUCGCCCUCAACCGCGAGGACGAACACGUCUUCACAGGCAAGGCCCUUGCGGCCACUUGUCUAUUGCGGUCUUAUGAAAUUCUUGAUGGCGAUACGGAUCCUAACGUGCAUCUUCGGGGUGCUUAUUCAAUGGUCUCUCACCAAAAUGCCCUCAAUUUACGGAGCAGAAGUCUGCUCACUGCUGGCUUUUGGAAUUACCUGCGCGAGGAUAUCACAUUCAGUCUUUUCGAGCAGUGUCCCCUCAAGAUGGACCUGGAUCCAUUGACUCUGAUCACAUCACACGAAACAGACCCAGACUACCUGAACUCCAUCUCCUUGAUACUCGGCAAGAUUAUCAACAUCGCCUUCCAGCGCCCACUCACGGAAGAAGAAUGGGAAGCUGCCUUCUCCAUGACCCAUGAAUGGAUCAAAGCGCGGCCGGACCGACUGGGUCCCUUCUCUCGGCGACCCGCGAUUGUGGGCACACCGAAUCCACUGCCAUCCAUCUACUUUCUCCACGAAUCACACAGUAAUAUUUCCAAUCAGACAUUCUCGGGAAAUGCUGCUAACUCGGGAUACUCCAAUUCAGGCUCAACGAUGCAUUACUACCUUGUCACGCUGACCAUCCUUACCCUCCAUCUGCCCGAUGCCCAGCGACUGGAUGGGUUGAAAGCCAUCGAUGCCUUCCCCAGAGACAACGCCCCGCUAACCAAGCAACAAUUCCUGCAUAACAUUGCACUUGACAUCUGCGGCAUUGCCUUUUCGUCCAAGAUCCCCACCGUCCUCGUCAAUGCCUUCGGGCCGAUGGCUUACUGUGCCCGACUCAUCAAUGACGAGCCAGCCCGCUACGAGCUAAAACGACAGUUGCUUGCAUGCAAGAAGACGAUUGGCUGGCCUGUGGAACGGCUUGUGGGUAAUUUGGAAUCGGCUUGGAAGUCUUCCCCGGGUGAGCUCACGGGC